AUGAUUAUUCAAUCCUGCAUACUGACAGCACAGAAGAAGUGCGAGGUGCCAAUUAAAUAUAAACCAACCAGAGAGGCAUUUGACCACUAUGCACAUUACUACAUGAAGGAGCCACAGGAAUUAUACGAUGAAGUGGCAGCAGUUGCCGAUGGAUCUUGUGAGGAAGAUGACAUAAGCAGUGAAGAGGUAGAAGACAACGAGAUAAAAGAGACAGACAGAAUUGCUGUUGCACUAAUUUCAGAAGACAAUGAGCCAAGACUAGACACAUACGUGCUAGACAAGGAGACAGAUGCAUUUUAUGUACACCACGAUGUCUUCCUGCAUGGAGUCCCAACUGGUCUAGCAGUGAGUGACAGAAAUGAAGAACCACUUUCAUUUGUAGCAAGUGAGGAUGGAACUAUCGCAAUAUACAGAAUAUUUGUGACAAAUCACUUCCUCCCAGACGGUGUUAUAGUAGCACACGAAGGAAGAAUAAACAGUAUUGCAGCAGACACUGUGAAUAUUCUGACAAAUUCCUCAGAGGAAAUUAAGCUGUGGGAUAUAAACACACAGAAGAAUAUUUUCACACAUAAAAGACAACAGAAGGCAAUUGCCAUGAAGGACUCUUUUGUUUAUUUCUCAGAUAAUUCAUCUGUUUAUAUGAUAGAUACCAGAGAUAAGGCAGAAAUAAAUCUGUUCUCAGCAGACUCAGAGAUAACUUCAAUCUCAUCCGAUAGAAAUUCAGUUGCAGCUGGAACAAUAAAUGGGUCCAUAACAUACUCAAUCAACCAAAGUAAAGAGAAAAGCUUUAAGAUCCAUGGAAAGGCAAUAAACAACGUAUGUGCUUCAAUGGACAGAUACAUUGUCUCUGCAUCACAGGAUGAAACUAUUUCACUUUUUGACAUGCAAAAUGGUGAGAUUGUAGAGAGAAAGGCAGCAGGAGUAGACACAGUCACUGUAAGUAUACCAAGUGACACAGUCAACAUCUACACAUAUGCGAAUGAGGAUGGAGAUCUGUCAGCCGGGUCAUUCGAAGAUGCUCUAUUAAGAAUUGAAUAA